AUGCACUUCACUACUCUUAUCGUCUCCUUGGCUACCUUCGCCGCCACGGGAGCGGCUCCUCUCGAGAGCCGUCAAGAGCCAAACCCAGUUCAAAUUGAGGUUACUACCUAUGGCAAUAGCAUGUGUCAGGACCAGAUAUUCAACGGGUUCUCGAUGCAGUAUGUUGUUCUACAACAAGACACUCAGAAGUGUCGCACCUUGCAUCAGGACAAAAAAUACCCCGUUGGCAGCGUUUCAGCUGCAUUCACGCCCGAAGCUACAAUGAAGGACAGCUGUGUCGUUACACUCUACUCGGAUACUGAGUGCAAGGAACCAGCCGGCGUUGCUAAGAUUGGUGUGUGCACCACGGACCUCAUUUCUGAGGAUGUCUGCCCCCGCCCAACUGGCCCGAAGUCUUUCAUCUACAGUUGCUAA